ACCGUCUCUUGCGCACGUUUUCGAUUCACACCAGUCUCUGGCGCACACAUACAAACACUUGUUGUGUGUGUGUGUGUGUGAGAGAGAGAGAGAGUGUGUAAGCAAAGAGCGAGGGGAAGAGAUAGAGAGAGAGAGAGAGAAUAUUAUGUCCUGACCGUACGUUGAAGUAAAACCAAAGAAAUGCCAUAGUCCCCGCAAAGCCACAGAUCAUCAAAACACUAAAACCCCCUCCAAGAAUUGGAUUUGGCAUUCUCUUUUUCUCUCAAUUCUCAGCCACCACCCUUGACCUUCCUUCUCUAUUGGGAUAAUUUGGAUAUUAAAUUUUUUUUUUUUUUUAAAUUUUUGUGCUUACUAUGGGAAAGAGAAAACGACCCUCUGAUCACAAUCAGACCCAACCUCCCAUUUCUUCUUUUUCUCCUCCUUCUUCGGACACCAUGCCAUGCUCCUCAGGAAUGGAAUUAUUAUCAGAAGAGUUUUUGCAGAAACCUUCACAUGCAAUUGAUUCUAGUGAACUAAAGCCUCUUUCAUCUGUGAUGGACCUUACUGAUGGUGCUGUGAAGCUGCGAAAUGGGCAUCCUUCUAUUGCCCAUCAUCAUCAGACCCUGGGCCGAUCGAUUUUCCUAAAACGUUCUCGUCAUUACUAUGGUCAUCAAUACUCUAGACGUAACUCGGCCAAUCUUGCCAAUGCAUCAACUUCUCGUGGCAAAGGUCCUGCUUUGCAUGAUGAUAAAUUCUCCUUGAAAUUGGCUACCCAAUUCAACUCAGAUUUCGGAAGGCAAUUAGAAAAUAGGGAAAAGGCAUUUUGCAGGCCUGAGAGAAUUAGGUCUAGCUCCUUGGUAAUGGAUGCAACAUCACUCGAUUUAGUCAAAAUGGUUUGUGGGAUCUGUCAGAAGCCACUGAGACGAAAGCCCUUUUUUCUUGGUGGUACACUCUCUUCUACUGAACUUUCUGUCGUGGCAGUUUUAGUUUGUGGUCAUAUUUAUCAUGCUGACUGUUUGGAGCAAAAAACAAGCUUCGAGGACAGACGGGAUCCACCCUGCCCGUUAUGUCUGGAUUCAUUAACCAAGGUUGAUGACUAGAGAAGUGUAGUUUGUAUAGAUGUAGACUCUAUGCCAUGUUACUGGUUAUUUUGAGAUGGAGACAUAGUUACAUGGAAAGCUUAGAAGGAAAUAGAGGGAGCUCGUUUGCUAAGCUGACUGUUUGACAGGUUAGGAUUUGGGCUUUGGAGUCCGUUGCGAAUUUUAAACCUGCUAAAGAGAAUUGACACAGUAAGCAUCCAAUUAUUUGGAACUCAGGCUAGAAAGAAGAAAAUAAAGUAGUGCAGGCAGAUUAGGAGAAGCUACUUAUCUCGUGUAGUACUAAUGUAACAAAUCUUAGUUAAUGCAGUGUAUCGGAUGCCAUAAAUAUACUAUGCAAUCAUGGAUAUCAUAUGGGUUUAAAACUUCUGUAACAUGUUGCUUCUCGCUUUGAGAAGGACAUGGAAACAGAUGAUGUUGUUGUACUUGUAUAUGUCCAAAUCCAUGCUUUGUGCACAUUUGCAUGAAUGUACAGAAUGACAUAAAAAGUAUAACUUCAAAGCAAAAAUGUUUUCGA